CUUGGGCAAUAUAAACCGGCCCCAUGUUUAUACCCUAAGAAGUCUUCAUCUUGUUGCCUAACCAAAACAACGUAUAUCUAUUUCCCCCGGGUUUACUUCGCGAAUGGAAGAUAGCGACAAAUGGAACCGAGCCGAACCGGGCCAGUCCAGGCUAUGCCGAGAAACCAGAGAGAGCAGCACUCAGACUGACAGCAGGAUAAAAGGCCAUGACCCCAGGUUGUCAAAGGUGAACCUGUUUACCUUGCUGAGCUUGUGGAUGGAGUUAUUCCCUCGGGAGCAACCUGACGAUGGUGAAAAUAGCCAGAUCUGUGGGACUGGUCUGGUGGUGGUAAAGGAAGGGAAGGUUUUGGGACUCCACUGUUCUGGAGCAGAGCUUCACGCAGGACAAGCAGCUAUCAUUCAGCAUGGUGGAAGUCUGGCCGGCUGUCAGCUCUACUUCUCCAGGAGACCUUGUGCCACUUGCCUUAAGAUGAUCAUAAAUGCUGGAGUCAGUCAGAUCUCCUUUUGGCCCGGAGAUCCAGAGAUAAGCAUGCUAAAGUCGAUGUCUUCAACCCAAACCAACGCCAGCAGUAAGUCACCCUCUGUGACAGAUGUGCUGGAUGCAGCUGCAAUAGAGAAACUGAAGUCCAACAGCCGUCCUCACAUCUGCGUGCUGCUGCAGCCACUGGAGCCUGGCCUGGUGCAGUUUGUAGAGGAGACGUCUAGGGAGGAUGAUUUCAUGGAGAGGAUAACUGAGGAUGACCCAGGGCUGAACAAAGAGGAGCUCUUCAACAGACAACGCCUAAGACACCUCAAAGAAUUUUCUAGACAAUUCUUGGUUGGAACAUCUAAGCAGCACACGGAUAUUUUGGUCCGAAUGGGCCUGGGGAAUUUCUGUGUGGAGCCCUACUUCUCCAACCUGAGGAACAACAUGACGGAGCUGGUGGGGGUCCUGGCUGCUGUGGCUGCUGGGGUGCCUCAACACCACUAUGGCUUCUACAGUGAGAACUUUGCAAGCACACUGCCUCCUCUUUCUCAAGAGGUAGCUCGCCACUGCAUCAUCCAGGCCAGGCUACUGGCAUACAGGACAGAGGAUCCUAAAGUGGGAGUGGGUGCUGUUAUUUGGGCGAGAGGGCAGUCGGCUGUCUGUCGUGGAACAGGCUGCCUGGAUUUUGUGGGUUGCGGGUACAACGCCUAUCCUGCAGGCUCCCACUACGCAGAGUACCCCCAAAUGGACAACAAGCAGGAGGACCGUCAGAGACGCAAAUACAGAUACAUCAUCCACGCCGAACAAAACGCCAUCACCUUUAGGUCACAAAACAUCAAGCCAGACGAGCUAACCAUGCUGUUUGUGACCAAAUGUCCGUGUGAUGAGUGUGUCCCUUUGAUAAGAGGGGCUGGAAUUACACACAUCUACACCUCAGACCAGGACAGGGACAAAGAUAAGGGGGACAUUUCCUACUUGAGAUUCAGCACCCUGAAGGAUAUCAACAAGUUCGUUUGGCAGAGGAAGCCUUCUAUUUCCUCAGGUCCUUCUUCUCAUCUUGCAAAUGGUUGUAUUGGGAAACAUAGCAGGCAGCCUGAGCAGGAGUACGGGAAUAAGAAGCUGUGCACCAAGAACACCAGGGCUUCACCUACUUUUAGAUAAAGAAGCUGUGAACGUUGCCUGUGGAAAAAGACGAAACUUUCAAUGUUUAAAACUACCAAUGAUCAGGACUGGGCUCUGAAAGGACAAAUAAGCUCUAAGAAACCAAAAUGCUCCAGGACUACGUAGCAGAUUUUUAAAGAAAGAGAUUUCCAAAAGUGUCAUUAUUAUGAAUUGUAUAAGCUUCCACCUUUAGUUUUUAGGAUGUACAGGUGUGUCUCUGUAAAUUAGAGUAUUAAUAAGAAGUUAAUUUAGUUUUAAUUUUUUUCUAAAAGUGAAACUCAUACAAACUAUUCUUUAGCUUACUUACAAAGACAGUGAUCUUAAUUUUAAUUAUUAUGGCUCACAGUUAAUGAAAACCCGAAAUCAGAAUAUGACACGAGACAGAUAAAAAAGAUUUAGGGAUGCUGCUUGGAUCUGUGGUAGAGCAGACACACCAUAUAUAGAGGCUGUAGUCCUCGACGAAGCUGUGCAGGGUUUUAUUCCCGACCUGGGCCAUUAACUGCUUGUCUUCCUGUCAAGUUAACUGAAUGUUCUCACCUGGUAUAGUGACAGGUUUUGGUUCGCUUGGAGUUUUAUCUACAUGAAAAGGAACCGAACCACGCAAAAACGUUACAAGUUAACAAACUCAUCAACUGAUUCGGACCAAAGCAAACAAACUAUAGGUGUGAAAACGCCUUUAGUUUACAGUCUGAUACAACCCCUUUUUAUCUGCUUAAAAUCUUCACCUGGUGGCUUGGUAUACACCUUCAUCUCAUAAACGAGCCAAUCAUGUUUCAUUUCUCGUCUUGUUAUAGGUGAGUCAACUAAAUCCCUCCCUCAUGUCUCUCAUUUUAUGAGCAUUCUAUGAGCUUAGGCAAAUCUCAAAUCAUACAUAUAGAGUUCAGAAUCCUUUUCUACCUCAUCUUUUCCUUCCACUCAACUUUCCAUUAUAUGUGCUUGGAUACAGGACACUGAACAGCCAGGUUCUUUAGGAAUUGCCUUUUGUGGUAAGCCACAAAUCAUCAGUCCCCUCUGUCAUUGUGUGUGCCAUAACCCAAACUUCUCUGUAUAAAUUGAAUUUCGGGUUUUCAUUAGCUGCAAUAUUUGCCCACUCUGCCUUAAAAAACCUCUUCAAAUAUCUCAUAUUUUAGGUACAUUUCUUGUACACAGUUUGCUUCUGGUGACCAUAUAUACUGUUUUAGUUCUGAACAUUUUAAUGUUCUUUUCAUUGAGUUAUUUCAGUAAUUUGGAUGUAUGGUAGUGAUUUGGAUGAAUGCUGUUUUUUUUGGUGAUGUGUUGUUUUGAUGACAAAUAUACCUUUUGAGGUUUGUUCCUAACAGUUAAAGUCUGCUAUUCAUUAGACCAGCCAGGCCUUUGUAUUCCAUCAUACUUUUUAGUCACAUAUUGUCUUCAAUUAAUGGUAAUUGCCAAUUAUAGCAAAGUGAAACCUUCAGCACAGUUGUAUUGAAAAAGGUUAAUUACUCAAUGCAUCUGUUGAUCAAAGUUGGGGAAGGUAUUGUAAAAUGUGUCAAAACUCAAAAUAAAUACAACUGAAACAAAAAUGUAUUAA